CUGUCAGGCGCACACCCCCCCGCUCCCGCACCCAUCCAGCCCAAACCCAGUACAAUCAUCCGCCCCGCCAUCUUAGUUGCGACCAAGAAUCCGACUAAGUCCAGGCAGGAGGCCGUUGAGGCCUUCAAAAAGAGCAUCUCGUUCAGAGAUUGCACGUAUGCUCCAGCGAGGGUCUCACCGGUCUCCAAUAACAAAAUCAGGGUGGAGUUUGAGACCCAGGCGCAAUGCGACGACGCCCUUAGCAAACUUCGCAGCAAACCAGACGCACCAGUGACAGCCGAACCAGCAAGGAAGCUCAAACCAAUGAUCUUGCUGAAGGGAAUCAGUUCCGACAUGGCACCGGAGGAUCUGGUGAGUACCCUCCUGCGCCAAAACCCGCAACUUCACACAUAUAGUGACACCGACGUCACCUUCCGCUUCAAAAGAGGCAAUAAUAGAAGCACCCACCUAUACAACGCCGUCCUUGUGGCUAAUCCAGCCACCUGGAAAACAAUAGUCGAGAUGGGGAGAGUCUGCCUGGACUUCCAGAAGGUUCAUGCAGAGGACUUCUCCCCAUUCCUACAGUGCCAGAAGUGCCUCAACUUCGGGCACGUGAAAAAACACUGCCGGACUGAGGCCACACGAUGCUCUCAUUGCGCAUCAGACACCCACCUACAAGACGUAUGCCCAACCAAGGACACUCCGCACCCUCCCAAGUGCUACAACUGUACCCAACACAACAUCAAAUUCAAUAAUAACCACCCCACUACACACAAGGCUACGUCAAAACACUCUCUUAAAGAGUUCAUCACAUACUUCAUUAAUAGCGAACACAACGUAGCCUUAGUGUCUGAGCCGUACACGGGUAAGGGUAUCGAGGUCGGGGCCAUUAGAGGCCUGGAAAUCUUCCAGUUCCCUAGCGGACCCGAUGGGAGGGUCAAGGCGUGCAUAUUGGCCAAAACCAAGACCGCAUUCCUCGGGCUCUCCCAAUUCUCUACCCCUAACCUAUGUGUGGUUCGGACACUACACAGACACCAACAGGUACUCAUCGCCUCCGUCUACAUCGAGCCCAGGGUCGAUGAGGCGGAUACACUACACUCAUUAGAACACCUUCUCAGCAACAACACCAACACCCGCUGCAUCAUCGGUGGCGACCUUAAUGGUUGGCACCCACUCUGGGGGAGCGAACGCAUGAACCCAAGAGGGAGGGAAAUCAUCGAACUCUCCCUCAUUCACAAUCUUUUGGUAUGCAAUGUGGGCAACACACCCACAUUCGAAACUAUUACCCACGGUCAUGUGCGCUCCUCCAUAAUCGACAUCACACUCGUUUCGUCACUUGUCUACGACCAAGUUACAGACUGGAAGGUGAACCUGGACGCUUGUCCCUCGUCGCAACACAAUGCAAUCGACUAUACAUAUACACACUCGCAUUUUCAAAACAAAUCACAAACUUCUCAACAUCUUAACACAACCACCUUCCUUUACAAGAACAACAAAGCGAAUUGGCGCCUCUUCAAGGAGUCAAUUCUCACACAAUUCACGAGCAGCGACACAUUGGAAUCAGACAUCCACGCUCUGGACACUGGACAGCUUGAGUCUCUUAUCGACACCAUCACCGAAUAUAUACACACCGCCUGUAGGGAUUCCAUGCCCGUCAGAUCGCCGGAAGCGAAAUGCAAGCCUCCUUGGUGGACAGAGGCCUUGGAAGCUCACAAGCGCGAGGUCAUACACACCCAUCACCAACUACACGCGGCCAAGAAAUCCAACCAACCGGUGGAUGCUCUGGCCCGACAGCUACACACCCUCAAAGAGCGAUACGCCACUGCACUUAAAGCGGAGUCGACCGCCCACUUCAAGGAGUUCUGUGAACUCCAAACGAAGGAGAAUGUCUGGUCUCUGACUAAUAGACUUCUCAGGGAAUCGGCUCCACGACGUCCACCAGUCACGCUUAAGGUCGGCGGUCGCUACACCACAGAUACAGCCGAAACCGCCAAAGCCCUACUCGACCACUUCUACCCUGACGACUCGACAGACACGGACGUGAGACAUGACCUACGGGCUCACAUGAAGGAAUUCCCUGAGACUCCAGAGGACCCCCCUUUUACCGAGGGGGAGAUUCUGGAGGCACUCAAGGGAAUGCACCCGAAAAGGGCACCCGGACUCGACGGACUUACCUCCGACAUUUGUUUACAGUUCUUCCGACUCUUUCCCAAAUUCAUGACAGACAUCAUGAAUAGAUGUCUGUCACUUCAACAUUUUCCCCGACAAUGGAAGAGGGCUUAUGUUAAGAUCAUCCCUAAACCUAACAAGACUGACCGUACUGACUUGACCGGCUACAGACCGAUUGGUUUGCUGCCGGUGUUCGGAAAGCUUCUCGAAAAGCUCUUUAUCAGCCGAGUGACCUACGUCGCGGAUAAGGCCGGUAAAUUGAGCAAGAAGCAGUUCGGAUUCCGGCCGCAGACCAACACGACGGCUGCUAUCCACGCAGCCAUAGACUUGAUCAAACAAGCCAAGACUGACAAGCUACUCACAGUCGCCGUCUCCUUAGACAUCAAGGCCGCCUUCGACAACGCUUGGUGGCCCGCUCUCUUCCAUCGGCUGAGGCAUAUCGGUUGUCCACGCAACAUCUACGGACUCAUCCUCAGCUACACUAACCAACGCACAGUCAUGCUUGACCACGCCGGUUGUAGGGCUUCUAAAACUAUGUCCAAGGGCUGCAUCCAGGGUUCGACCUGUGGCCCUCACCUAUGGAAUAUCAUCCUCGAUGAGCUCCUGGAAAUCGAUUUGCCUCCUGGCUGCCGACUCCAAGCCUUCGCUGACGAUGUUUUGUUGGUUGCAUCAGCGAAAACCGCGUCUGAAUUGCAGGAUAACAUUAACUCUGCACUUCACACAAUCACCAGCUGGGGCAAAGGAGUCAAGCUCUCGUUCAGCCCCGCCAAGACACAGGCUUUAGCGUUCAACGCCAAAGCCAAACAGAUACUCAUUACCAUGGACUCACACACUAUUCACUUCCAGAAGAGCAUCAAGUUCCUCGACGUAGUGUACACGGUGUCGAGUAUGCAACUCUCGUCUCGUCGUAUCGUGAGGUGUGUGUGGCUCGGCGUGAGGGCGCAUGAGCCACGACAUACAACACUCGCCUCCAGCCUUGCCUCAACGUUAGCGUCAACUGCUGAUAACUCACUGGUUGCGGGCAACAAGUCAGUAAGCAGCAGACAUCAAUCCGUGUCUCUUAUGAGCCAGUGUGGAGAAGAACAAAUUGCGGGGGAAUACGCCAAGCAUUACGUCACUCUUAAACAAAUAGGUAAAGGAGCUUAUGGGUGUGUCAAAAUGGCGUACCGACGAUCAGAUAGAUUACUAGCUGUUGCCAAAUUCAUAUUAAAGGAAAAGGUGGGAGCUGCAUUCUGGAGCGAUGCCCCUGACGGGAGGAGGGUACCGCUUGAACUAAGCCUAUUGAUGACUCUUUCUCAUCCUAAUAUAGUGUCCGUCAUAGAUGUGUUCGAAAACGACAAAUACUUCCAGAUGGUGAUGGAAAAGCAUGGAGCCGGUAUGGACCUGUUCGAGUUUAUAGAACGACGACCACGGAUGGAUGAGCCGCUCGUCAGUUAUAUAUUCAGACAGAUAGGCCAGGCGGUGGAAUAUCUACAUUCCCUUAACAUCCUGCAUCGUGAUAUCAAAGAUGAAAACGUCAUAAUUGACAACAAGUUCCACGUGAAGCUCAUCGAUUUCGGCUCAGCCACGUUCAUGAGUAAAGAUACUCUGUUUUCAACAUUCUACGGAACCACCGAGUAUUGUAGCCCGGAAGUACUGGCUGGGAACAAGUACGCUGGUCCAGAAUUAGAGAUGUGGUCGAUGGGCAUCACGUUGUACGUGCUUACAUUCUUCGUGAACCCUUUUUCUGAUAUCGAGGACACUAUUCAGGGACCUCUAACCUUCCCGCAAAUUGUAUCAGACGACCUGGAACAGCUGUUACGUCGUAUGCUCUGCAAGGAGCCAGCAGCGCGCUGUACUGUGCCACAGCUGAUGGCUCACCCUUGGAUACGACAACCUGUAAAUCUCGCUUCAUACAACUUCCAGGAGAUUGUGGAUUGUGAUCGUCAUGAAGCAAAUCCCGAGAUGUACUUCAGCGGUAGUCUGGAAUCUCCGAGGAGUAACUCUCCAGUAUCCUUAGCUGAUCCUCUAGCUAAAGAGCGGUCGAUGCGUUCGGAGGCGGAAGCGGCGGGUCGGUCGGAGAAGGUUUCUAAAUCAGAUGCGCGGCGACCGGCACACCAGCUGUCUGACAACUACAGCCUGCGAUCGUCCGCUGACAUACUAGAUAUAUCUUCGAAGCCGGUGUCAGAGGCGGCAUUGACGGAUAUAAGUUCAGACGCGACCGGCCACGCGGCCUGUGACAUCGAUUAUGAUUGUGACCAGUACGAGUGUGACAGCUGGGAUGAGUGCGAGCAGGACAGCUUCUCAUAA